AUGUCGACCGAAGGGGCAUCCAAGACCAGCACUGCCCAGCCGCUACAGGAGCAACAGCAACAACAACGACAACAGAACCAGAAUGCAGACUCGACAUUCGGGUCUGACGAAGAGAUCUUGACCAGACUCAAGAAUCUCGGACUCGAGGACCAAAUUUCCUUGACCCUCCUGGCCAAGUUCAAGGAGCUAAGGCUCCAAGACCGUCUCUACUUCGCACCUCCUCCUACUGCCCACUCCACCGUCGAAGAGAGGGCAAAGGCUUGGAGCGCCGAGUACUGCGGGUACUGGAGUCCCAGCUGGGACGACAGUAUCCAUCCGUACGCUCGGCCCCUGCCGUCCACCAUCCCUCCUGGGACAGAGUGUCCCAGCCAACGACCUACCAAUUCCUCUAUCUGGGGAAUGGGACGCCCAUCAUGA